UUGUAUUUUUUCAAUUAUAAAUAAUCAUGUCCUAAUGCCAGUUUAAUAUUUCGUUGAAUGUGUUUCAAAUAAAUAAAGUGAUAACGAAACAGGAAUGAUGAAUGCGUUAGAUAAACAAUUGACUGAUUUAAGAAUAUAUGCAAAUGAAUUGGACUCGAAAUUACAGGAUGAUAUAAACGCUGCGAAAAGGAAACCGUCGAUCCCUCCGAAAAAAAAUAAGGCACCGCUGCCGCAAAUACCUCAAAGUUACACUGUGAAAUCUGCCUGUGAGCCGUCGUACUCCUCAAGACUCGAGUACGGCAGUCGAGCGAGUUCUACGUACUCUAAUUUAAUACCCGUGAAGAGUUGUAUCGUGAGAAAUACAGCCCGAGCGAGGAGCGGUGAUGUACUUCUGUACAGUAACUUAUUGCCUCCAGGAGGUACGAACCACGUUUACUCCAAUAUAUCACAAAGGAAUGUGGCUGAAAGCAUUUACGGAGAUCGAGAUGCGAGAUCCGAAGUGUCCAGGGUUAGUGACUUAGGUGCGCAAUCGAAUUAUAGUGAAUUGAGACGUCCUGGUUCCGCGUACCCGCCUUCAUCAGCGUCUGUUAAUGCUCAGGACUUCUCUACGUAUGGUGGAUCACAGACAUCUUCAACAUAUGAGUCACUGUAUGAGCCUAUAAACCCUAGACCUUGCAGCCAACUAUCAGGGACAUCAUUGUAUGCCGGUUAUGUUGGAACAACUACGGAGCCAACACCUGAGCCUGAUGAGGAGUUAUACUGCGGGAAUUGUUACAGAUGUGGUGAGAAGAUCAUGGGUGAGACUACAGGAUGCACUGCUAUGGACAGGAUUUAUCAUAUUAAGUGCUUUUGUUGUCAACAUUGUGGAAUAAACUUACAGGGCCGCCCCUUCUACGCGGUACAGUCGCGUGCACUUUGCGAACGUGACUACCUCGAAACAUUAGAGAAAUGCUGCGUCUGCGGUGAUCCGAUCCUCGACCGCAUCCUCCGGGCAACGGGUAAACCGUAUCACCCCCGCUGUUUUACGUGCGUCGUAUGCCAAAAGAGUCUAGAUGGCAUCCCGUUCACAGUGGAUGCUGUUAAUCGCAUACAUUGUAUUGAGGAUUUUCACAAGAGAUAUGCGCCCCGCUGUGCUCGUUGCCGCGAGCCUAUAGUCCCAGAGGGGGGCGCAGAGGAGACUGUUCGCAUUGUCGCACUUGACAAGAGUUUCCACAUCGCUUGCUACGCGUGUGAAGACUGCGGGGCUUCCCUCUGUUCCAGGCAAGAAGGACGGGGUUGCUACCCUCUGGACGACCACCUAUACUGCAGAGAGUGCAAUGCGAGACGUAUUCAAGAUUUGUCCAGGAAUAUUAAUUGAGGAGGUAAUCAAGGAAUUCUUAAAUGUGGUCUGCGACCCGAAGACUCAAUUUGAAGAUCUCAGUCUGGUUUUUUAAUGUAGAAUUUGUUAAUCAGUGUGAUUGAUUCAGAAGCAAUGUAAGCCAUGUUUUGAAUGUAGAAAUGUAGCUGAAGAAUAUAGAAACUGAAUGUAUGCCUAACUUGAAUAAUUAAUUUUGUUGUCAGUUAGAAGUACUUUUAUGUACAUAUGAAUAUAUAUUGUAUCAUAGUUAUAUGAUUAAUCGUACACUGCAGGACGCCAGCGAGCGAGUGCUCCACAAUGGCAUACCAGGUUGCGCUUCCAAUCGAUUCCCUGUCCAAUUCAAACGGGAAUCGAGGUUUGAAUCCCUAAUGAUGCCCUCAGAUAUCUCGUAUCCAUCAGGUAAAAGUUGGCUCUUAUCCGCUCAAUAAGUCCUGCGGGUUUGGAGUGCACUCUGCACUCGGUCUGAUUUCGUACAGUGAAGCUGUAAAGGCCAGCCGCGGCGAACAGCGUUCUCUUGCGUUAUUCUAUCUAUUGCUGAAAUCUGCAUUAAAAUACGUUACGUAAUUUAAAAGUUAUAAGUGAAAAGACAGUGGCUGCGACUUUUAUUGUACUAUGUUGUACAAUAAAGUAUCACAAGCAAACAAAUGAGAUUUUGAGCUAGGUACGUCCUCUAUUAAGCCUCUGUAGCAGGACACUUGUUGGACCUAAUAAAUGUAUUGACGAUGUUAGCAUGUGAUGGUUGUGUGAAUAUCCUGUUAGUUCCUUAAUAUUCAAGAUAUAUUAUUGUGAUUUAUUUUAAGUUGUUUACUUGACAUAUAGUUGAAUAAAUAUUAUGUAAAAAUAUAAAGGGCAUGAGGUCGAUUAUAUGAGACCCAUCAUACCUCCGUAUAGACAUUAACCUGUAGUUUUUAAGAAGCCAUAAAAUCCCGUUUUGUCUAAUGUAUGGAAUUUAUUUAGAAAUUAAUAAUGCAAAUAUAUAUAUAUAUCGAUUUAUCUACAUUAUACAGAAAAUAUUAAUAAUCUUCAAUGAUAAUAGGAAAUGUAUAAUUUUAUUAAAAGAAACUGUAAUCCAGUAGUACGUUUUUGUAUAUAUUUUUUCGUUUGUGUUUUGUUUGUCAUAACGAAUUUUGGUCAUUUUACAUGAAACUGUAUGCAGUUUUAUUUUGGCAGUAUGCUACCAAAUACUAUUCCUUGAUAGUAGGUAGUUAUAAAAAACAAUCGAAUGUAAUAAUUAUAUAUGCAUGGUAGAUGACAUACAUUCCUAUACGCAUUUACAUAAUUAUAGAAAGGCUGUGUAGCUCUGACCACUUAAUUAGCAAUUUAUUUUACAGUAUUAUUCCUAUAUAGGAUCCUAUAUAUAGGACUUCAAUGUGAUUUAUUAUAAGGUUUGUAGCUCUUAUGUUUAUAGCAAAUAGAACUGUAUGUGCUCUUAAUACAAAAAUGUUUAUUAGUGUAUUUUACUGACAAGAAUCCCAGAUAUAGAGUUGAUUAAUGUCGCUAAUUUAACGAACGAAGAAAUUGAAUUGAAAAUCGUAUAUAUUUCGAGAAGGGAAAAGACGGAUAUUAACAUAUAAAAAAUACGCAGAUGUAUGAACAUCGAAUUAUACCUUGUAUUCUAGUUUAGGUUUUAUUUUGCGCAAACAACUUGAUUAACUAGACAAUAGACGAAUUUGUAUACGUUUAUGUAAAAAUUUUAUUACGAAAAUCAUGCCGUAUGAAUAUUGGCUUCUAGUUGUAUGUUCGUAUACCAGUUGGAGCCUUUAGUUCAUGGUAGUACUCUGUCUAGUCGUAUUUCUAUAUCUGCGGAUGAAAUCUUUCUUGCAGUGCCACAAGUAGUCGUCGCGGUUUCAAGUUAUCCACGUCUAGAAAACGCCACCGCUAUUAUUAUGUGCUUAAUGCUUAAUAAAAAAAUAAUUAAAUAUUAUUGUAAAAACUAAACUUUCCAUU